AUGGAUGCGCACGCGGUGCAUUUGGCCAUGGCGGCACUCGUCGGAGCCUCCAUCGUAGCUGUAUCGGCGUACUACAUGCACCGCAAGACGCUAACGCAGCUACUGGAGUUCGCGCGUACGGUUGAACCGGAAGGUGGCACCGACGACGGCGAUUCACCGUUGCAUUCGAAUAGGAGGCGUGGAGGCUCUAAGAGGAGAGGGAACGGAGGUUAUCGCCGUGGCUCGGGUUCGUUGCCGGAUGUUACGGCGAUUUCUGGUGGACUUGACGGAAAUGGAAAUGGACUGAUGCACGUUGAAGGGAUUCCGGCUGGAUUGCCUCGAUUGCAAACGCUCCGGGAAGGAAAAUCUGCAAAUACUGGUUCAUUUAAGAGAAAUAUUUUAAGACCAACUUCUCCCAAGUCUCCUGUUGCAAGUGCCAGUGCCUUUGAAAGUGUAGAGGGAUCAGAUGAUGAAGAUGAUUUGAUAGACGGAGCCAAACUGGAUGCUACAUAUCUGCACACAAAUGGAAAUGCAGGUGGAGAUGGGAAAAAUCCAUACGAGACUGUGUCUAAUCAUGUCAAUACUAAUGGAGAGCAGAUGGCAAUCACUGCUUCAAGUAUGAACCGUUCUAAAAGUAUUUCUGGUGAUCUGCAUGGUGUGCAGCCUGAUCCAAUAGCAGCUGACAUUCUGAGGAAAGAGCCAGAGCAAGAAAUUUUUGCUCGAUUGAGAAUUACUCCUAUGGAGGCCCCGUCGCCUGAUGAAGUUGAAUCCUAUGUGAUUCUUCAAGAAUGUCUUGAAAUGAGGAAAAGAUAUGUUUUUCAAGAAGCAGUUGCUCCAUGGGAGAAAGAAGUCAUAUCUGACCCCUGUACUCCAAAACCUAACCUAGAUCCCUUCUUUUACAGAUCUGAAGCAAAGUCUGAUCAUUACUUUGAAAUGCAGGAUGGAGUUAUUCAUGUGUAUCCAAAUAGAAACUCCAAAGAAGAGCUUUUUCCUGUUGCCGAUGCAACUACAUUUUUCACUGACCUUCAUCAGAUACUUCGAGUUAUAGCAGCAGGGAAUAUCAGAACUUUAUGCCACCACAGGCUUAAUCUUCUAGAACAAAAAUUCAAUCUUCAUUUGAUGCUCAAUGCGGAUAGGGAAUUUCUCGCCCAGAAAAGUGCCCCACAUCGAGACUUCUAUAAUGUUAGAAAAGUGGAUACACAUGUCCACCACUCAGCAUGCAUGAAUCAGAAACAUCUUUUGAGAUUCAUAAAGUCAAAGCUGAGGAAAGAGCCUGAUGAGGUUGUAAUAUUUCGAGAUGGAACAUAUUUGACAUUGAAAGAGGUUUUUGAGAGUCUAGAUUUAACUGGAUACGAUCUCAAUGUUGACCUUUUGGACGUUCAUGCUGACAAAAGUACAUUUCAUCGCUUUGACAAGUUCAAUCUUAAAUACAAUCCUUGUGGUCAAAGUAGGCUCAGGGAGAUAUUUUUGAAGCAGGACAACCUCAUCCAAGGUCGAUUCCUUGGUGAGCUCACAAAGCAAGUGAUUUCUGAUCUUGAAGCCAGUAAAUAUCAGAUGGCUGAAUAUAGACUAUCAAUAUAUGGUAGGAAGCAAAGUGAGUGGGACCAACUAGCCAGUUGGAUAGUGAAUAAUGAACUGUACAGUGAGAAUGUUGUUUGGUUGAUUCAGCUUCCAAGAUUGUAUAAUGUAUACAAAGACAUGGGAAUUGUGACUUCAUUCCAGAACAUGCUUGACAAUAUCUUCAUUCCACUUUUUGAGGUUACUGUUGACCCUAAUUCACAUCCUCAGCUGCAUGUUUUCUUGAAACAGGUUGUUGGGUUGGAUUUGGUGGAUGAUGAAAGCAAACCUGAAAGACGACCAACAAAACACAUGCCUACGCCUGCUCAGUGGACUAAUGUAUUCAAUCCAGCAUUUUCAUACUAUGUGUAUUACUGUUACGCGAAUCUGUACACCUUAAACAAGCUUCGUGAAUCAAAGGGAAUGACUACAAUCAAAUUUCGUCCUCAUUCUGGAGAGGCUGGUGAUAUUGACCACCUUGCUGCUACCUUCCUUACUGCUCAUAACAUCGCACAUGGAAUUAACUUGAGAAAGUCACCUGUGCUUCAGUAUUUAUAUUAUUUGGCCCAGAUCGGACUGGCAAUGUCUCCUCUGAGCAAUAACUCUCUAUUUUUAGACUACCAUCGAAAUCCUCUUCCCCUGUUCUUCUUACGAGGCUUGAAUGUAUCACUUUCAACUGAUGAUCCGCUCCAAAUUCACUUAACAAAGGAACCGUUGGUUGAAGAGUACAGCAUAGCUGCUUCUGUGUGGAAGUUGAGCUCAUGUGAUUUAUGUGAGAUUGCCCGUAAUUCGGUCUAUCAAUCAGGUUUCUCACAUGCUUUAAAGUCACACUGGAUUGGUAAGGAAUACUACAAGAGAGGGCCAAAUGGAAAUGACAUUCAUAGAACAAAUGUUCCUCACAUUCGGCUGGAAUUCCGUGAAACAAUUUGGAGAGAGGAGAUGCAGCAGGUUUAUUUGGGAAAAUCCAUCAUUCCUCAAGAAAUAGAGAAAUAG